CAUAUCUUCCUUUUUAAGGAAGUAUCUUUGAAAAUGCUUCUAUCUUUUCUGAGGUUGCAUUGUGACGUAGCUAGCUAUCAUAUAAUCGGGAAAUACCACACAUUUUACGAUAUUCUGCUAGAACAAAACCGAAAAUAUGGCCAGAUUUCUAGAGCAGUUGUUUUCUUUCUUUUGUUUCCUGUUGUUACUGUCAAAACAGACAACCGACGCCAAGAAUUCGGAUGAUAUAAGAUGCAAGUGUAUUUGCCCACCCUACAAAAAUGUGCCUGGACAGAUCUACAAUCAGAAUGUUUCGCUGAAAGAUUGUAACUGUCUGCAUGUGGUGGUGCCCAUGCCAGUGGACGGGAAGGACGUGGAAGCAUACUGUCUGCGCUGUGAAUGCAAAUAUGAGGAGAGAAGUUCAGAAAUCAUAAUGGCAACCAUCAUCAUCUACCUGUCGAUUCUGGGCCUGCUGCUGCUCUACAUGGUGUAUCUGACCCUGCUGGAGCCCGCGCUGAAGAGACGACUGUUCAGGCACUCCCAGCUCAUCCAGAGCGAAUAUGAUGACCAGCAGUCCAUCGCAGACACCCACCCGGUGCCGUCACGGUCGAGGUCCACCGUGCUGAACAAGGUAGAAAACGCUCAGCAGCGCUGGAGGAUGCAGGUGCUGGAGCAGCGCAGGUCUGUGUUUGACCGGCACGUGGUGCUCAGCUGAACCCAGGCCGCCAUCCUGAUGGAACCAGACUCAACCAUGGAGAGGAAUCGCUGUAACAGACAUUUCCCUUUUACGACCUGUGCCUGACCACAUCACCGCUGUGGUAACUGGGCUAUAACUGCUACAUAUAGAUCAUAUACUAGAAGGAUAGUAUUCAAUCUCAGACUCAUGUCCUGGAGGGCUGCAGACACUGUUCGAGUUACAGUCCUACAUGACUGGAGUUACACCUGCAGGCACUGUGGCCCUCCAUCACUGCAGUUUGAGAUCCCUAGUGUAAAGUCUUUCUCUUGGUUUGUUGAACAACAGAAUUAGCCCUGGUGGACUUGAGUUCCUGCACCUUAUUUUUGGAUCAAAAUUACGUUUACACUGGUGCUAAUCGGCCUACAAUCCUGAGGAUCAUCCUCAUAAUUCCUGUUUACAUUCUGUUCUGAUGUUUCUGAGAGCGUUCAGUCCACCGCACUUUUACAGCAUAUGAUUUAAAUGGAAAAACUGCCAACUUCGCUAUAAAACUGGUUUAAACAUUAUCAUGCCCGAGUGAAGUACAGGCUGUUUGAAUGUAAGGGAGGACUGUUUUUUCACCAAGCUGCUGUGAUUGUAGAAGCCAUUUUAAAAUUCUAACCUGUGGUGCACAAUGAAGGGCUAUCAAUUUUGGGAUUUAUGUGUGUACUAUUGAAUGAAGCCCAGCCCUUUAUUUUAUCUGACAGUUUUUGAUGAAGUCAAGCCAUGUAUCUUUUGCUGUGUUCUGAUUUAGAAGUAAACCAGCAUUGAUGUAUGCAGCCAUUUAGAAAACUAAGCAAGAAUAAUUGGUUGGAGCAAAAACCGACUAAUACACCAGCCAUCUGGGACUGGAGUAGUGCACCUUUGUUAUAAAUCAGCACUUUUUUAUUACAUGAGAAAGAAAUUAUUAUUAUGUUUACCAUUCAUACAAAUCAUUCAUACACUGCAUUUUAUGAAUAAACAAUUUUGAACUGUAAGUUACAAUGAAAUGUUGAGUGUUUAAAAAUCACAUUUGUCAACUCCUCUGCAUUGUCAGCCCUUAGAUUGCUCUGCUUUUGUGUUCUGUGCCUAAAAUAAGAAACUAAGAAACAGAAACAAAUAUUUCUACUCCCAGUUUUAACUGAGUGGUUACUACAUUGAUGGAUGCAGCUUUACAAAAUGUUGGUGGAAUUAUGUAUGUAAUUAUUCCAUGUCUGUCUUUAAUUUCUGAAUUUAUUACUUUAUAUAUCAGGGAUUAAAAUGAUUUUCAGAAAUAUUAGCCUAUAGCUAUGCUUCUAUGCCUCUAUGAAAAGUUCAUAAUUUCUGUCUCUUGAGUUGUUCAUCUGAGACAGAAAUGUGAUAAAAUGCAAAAUGACUAUCAGUGUAGACUAUUCUACAUUCUUCAAAUGCAUAAAAUACUACAUACCCUUUACAUGAGUAAACAAUAGCAGAAAAUAGCUGCUGGUAGUAUGAUUGCAUGGAGUACUGCCUAUAUUACUAUUUGAAAGUAUUUGUGGUGAAAAGGCAUUUUCUUACGGGUGGAAAAAUGCAAGAAAUUGGGAGAAAUUGCACAAAUAAAAGCUUGUAUAAAUGUGAAGAUUUA